AUGUCAGCUAUAGGUUCCAAAUGCAAGUACUUUGAAAUAAUGCAGUAUCAAUGCGAUCUCACUGGCAAAAAAAUUGUUUGUGUACCAUUUGCUAGAAUCUUCAAACGGUGCGUAGGCAGACCUACAAUAGAAGUAACCCCGAUAUACGAUACAAAUGGUGAUCCGGCUACAUCUGCCCUCCCAAUCGAUGAUCGUCUCAAGUUCAAGUUCAAGUACCGUUCGGAAAGUUGA